AGCAAUACAAAAUUGAAAUAAAAAGAGAACAAGAAAAAUGGGAGACAAAAAUAUAAGAGGAAAAACAAAGAAUGGAAGAUGAAUUUGAGAAAAGGAGGGAGAAAGAACAACAAAUGUGGGAUGAAAGUUACCAGAGACUUAAAGAAGAGAGAGAGGAGCUCAAGAGAGAGAAAGAAGAUCUUCAGGCUAAACAUAAAACAGAAAUAGAAAAGAUGAAACUAAAUAUGGAGGAAGAAAGACAGCAUCAUGACAAAGAAAGAAGGAGAAGAGAAGAAGAAUUCAGAGAGAAUGAAGAACAAAACAAAAUAGAAAUAAAGAGAGAACAAGAGAAAUGGGAGAUAAAACUAAAAGAUGAAAGACAAAGAAGAGAGGAAGAAUUUGAGAAAAGGAGGGAGAAAGAACAACAAAUGUGGGAUGAAAGUUACCAGAGACUUAAAGAGGAGAAAGAUGACCUUAAAAAAGAGAAAAAAGAUCUUCAAGUCAAACAUAAAGCAGAAACAGAAAAUAUAAAGAGAAAAUUUGAAGAAGAAAGCCAAAAUCAUAACAAAGAGUGAAAAGAAAGAGAAAAAGAAGUGAUAGAGAACAAAGAACAACACAAAAGAGAACUGAAAAGAGAACAAGAGAAAUGGGAGAAAAAGAUACAAGAAGAAAAACAGAGACAAGAAGAAGAAUUUGAGAAAAGGAGGGAGAAAGAACAACAAAUCUGAAAUAACAGUUACCAAAGACUUAAAGAAGAGAGAGAGGAACUCAGAAGAGAGAAAGAAGAUCUUCAGGUGAAACAUGAAGCAGAAACAGAUAAAAUGAAGAUGGAGGUGGAGAAAAGCCAACAGCAUGAAAAGGAGAGAAAGGAAAUAGAACAAUGCAGGGAAAUAAAGCAUGAAGAAGACAGAAGAAAAGACAUAGAGAACAUGAAAAUGUGCUGCUCAGAAACAACCUCUUCUCUACAUAUGACUGUGAUCUAUUGCAGUUCAUUGGCCCGAUCAUCUGUGGCCCGAUCAUCUGUGAGCCGAUCAUCUGUGCAAUGAUCAUCACUGAGCUGAUCAAGUUUGGGCUGAUCAUCAUUGGACUUUACUUCCUUUGCA